AUGGCAACGCUCACGUCCCGCAUCUCCCUCCAAGGCGACGAGCCCGACGGCCCCGAAGACUACCUCUCGACGUCGCUGGGCGUCAUCUUCCCCGACGACAUCGUCAACCAGCACGGCGACGCGGAGCACUCGCUCGUGUACGCGUCGCCGAAGCUGCCCAAGCCGCUGCUCAUCGAGCUGGCCGACCCCGAGGGCGAGACGGACAGGAGGCUGUUUAGCCAUUACCUGUGGAACGCGUCGCUGUUGCUCGCCGAGCUCAUCGAGAGGGAUUCCUUGGAGAAGGAGGAGGAGGAGGGAGCAACAGAUGUCGAGGAGGGAAAGGAUGAGGGGUUGGGCAAGGGGGUGAGUUUCGAUACGAGAGGCUUGAGCACGCUUGAGCUUGGUGCGGGGACGGCGCUGCCGAGUAUGAUGGCGGGCUUGCUCGGUGCGGCGAGCGUCGUCGUGACGGACUAUCCUGCCCCCGCGGUCAUCAAGACGCUGCGCGCCAAUGUUGCGCGCAACAUCAAGCCUGAGCUGGCGCCCGUGGGCAAGGAGAGUCUUGUCACGAAGUCGGUGCUCGUGGAGGGCCAUGAAUGGGCGUUCCCGGCUUCGCACAAGCACCGUUCGGACCGCCUCUUCGUGGCAGACUGCCUCUGGAUGCCCUGGCAGCACGCCAACCUGCGCCGCUCCAUCGACUACUUCCUCAAGAGGAGCGCCUCGGCGCGGGCGUGGGUCGUGGCGGGCUUCCACACGGGGAGGCCCAAGAUGGCGGGCUUCUUCGACGCGGCGGCGCUGCGCGACGAGGGCGGCGUCGAGGUCGAGAGGAUGUGGGAGCGGGAUUGCGAUGGCGUGGAGAGGGAGUGGGAUCGUGAGCGGGAGGACGACAUUACGGAGAGGAAGAGGUGGCUUGUUGUUGCGGUUUUGAAAAGGUGUGAGGGGAGUGUGGAUGGGUGA